AUGACGGAUGAAUGUUUUACAACAUGUAAGAGGGAGGUUCUUACUUUAAAAUGGCUCCUAAGCAUCUCUUUCUUGCCUCCUUUCUUCUUUUGUCACUACUACUUGUUGCUUCCGCAAGCGACUACUACACCCCUUCAACCUCAUUACAAGAAGUCUGAAUAUACCCCAUCACCUGCUUACUAUAAGAAGCCUGAAUACACCCCAUCACCAAUAUAUUAUAAGAAGCCUAAGUACACUUCAUCACCAGCUUACUAUAAGAAGUCUGAAUACACCCCAUCACCUGCCUACUACAAGAAGCCUGAAUACACCCCAUCACCAACAUACUACAACAAGCUUGAAUAUACUCCAUCACCACCUUACUAUAAUAAACCUGAAUACACCUCAACACCAGCUUACUACAAGAAGUCUGAAUACACCCCAUCACCAGCAUAUUACAAGAAGCCUGAAUACAUCCCAUCACCAACAUACUAUAAGAAGCCUGAAUAUACCCCAUCAUCAGCAUAUUACAAAAAGCCCGAAUACAUCUCAUCACCAACAUACUAUAAAAAGCCUAAAUACAUCCCACCACCAACAUAUUACUAG